AGAUAUAUAUGAGGCACGAAACUGGUCCAUGCUGUGUAUUUGUAUAAUUUUUUUGAGAUCUUCUUUCCACAAACAAUCUGUUCAGAAAAUAGAAUAAAACACAUGCAUGAAAGAAAUCAUAUCAUCACCUUUUAGGCCACCUUUUAUUGUUAAUCUCUGUUUUUUUUUUCUUGAAAUUUUAAUUUCAGAGCUCUGUAUUUGAUUCAGUGCAGAUUUACACACACAUACACAGACACAUAUAAAAUAUUUAUUGUGUAUGUAUAACUUUUUUGGCGCAUACAUUUGCCUUUGAUGCCUCCUUCACCUUAGCUUGUUUUUCCCGACUUUUCUCUGUUCCUAUUUGAAACCAUUUAAUUUGAUUUAAUUCGAAAUCCAAAAAGAAAUCGUUAAUUUUAUAGAUUCGCCCCUUUGGUUUCAAGACAGAGAGCCAAAGGUGUCUCUUUCUUCGCAGCCAAGGGCCUUGAAUGAUGAGGAAAUGUUGAUUUUUGGUAUAAAUCUAAAGAGUGGUAGUGGCAAUGGAGAGCUCAUCAGCAGGGCAGACGCCGUACAUAUCAUCGUUCGCGCAGACUCCGAUGACGACGUCGUCGUCGGGGCAGACUCCGAUGACGACGUCGUCCGGGCAGACUCCGAUGACACCGCGGAAGAAGAUGACGAAGCAGCUGACGGGGAAGCGCGACGACUCGGCGCUGCACUCGGCCGCUCGAGCGGGCAAUCUAAUGGCAAUACGAGAGAUCAUCGAUGAUGUUGCCGAGGAAGACCUCAUUGAGCUUUUGUCCAAAGAGAACUGGGCGGGCGAAACGGCCUUGUACGUGGCCGCCGAGUACGGCUACUACGAGCUCGUCAGGGAGUUGAUUCAGUUUUACGAUUUGCCCGCUGCCGGAAUCAAGGCCAAGAACGGUUUCGACGCGCUCCACAUUGCUGCCAAACAAGGGGAUUUAGAGGUGGUGAAGGUGUUGAUGGAGGCGCAUCCGGAACUGUCUAUGACGGUUGACAUAGCCAACACGACGGCGCUGCACACGGCUGCGACUCAGGGGCGGAUAGAGGUGGUGAAUUAUUUCUUGGAAUCGGAAUGCAGCCUGGCUACCAUAGCUAAAAGUAAUGGGAAAACGGCAUUGCACUCUGCAGCUAGAAAUGGGCACGUUCAAGUUGUGAAGGCCCUUCUGAGUAAGGAAGCCAGGAUCAUCACGCGCACGGACAAAAAAGGCCAGACGGCGCUCCACAUGGCCGCCAAGGGCCAAAACCUAGAAGUGGUGGCGGAGCUCAUCAGGGCGGACGCCUCCACCAUAAACAUGGUCGACAGCAAGGGCAACACGGCCUUACACAUCGCUGCCCGCAAGGGCAGAGACCAUAUUGUGAAGUAUCUGGUGAGCCAUAAGGAUACGGAUACUGGAGUGGUGAACCGGUCGAGCGAGACGGCGCUGGACGCGGCGGAGAAGCAGGCGCACUUGGAGAUCGCGUCGGUGCUGCAAGCGCACGGGGUGGUGAGCGCGCGGGCGAUAAACCCGCAGGCGGGGGGGAACCCGUCGACGUCGGAGCUGAAGAAGACGGUGAGCGACAUAAAGCACGAGGUGCACAACCAGCUGGAGCACACGCGGCAGACGCGGAGGCGCGUGCAGGGGAUCGCAAAGCGGCUGAACAAGAUGCACGUGGAGGGCCUGAACAACGCCAUCAACUCGACGACGGUGGUGGCGGUGCUGAUCGCGACGGUGGCGUUCGCGGCCAUCUUCACGGUGCCGGGGCAGUACGUGGACGACCCGAACAACAUCCCGCCGGGGCACUCGCUUGGGGAGGCCAACAUCGCGCCCAAGGCGGCGUUCCUCAUCUUCUUCGUCUUCGACUCCAUCGCGCUCUUCAUAUCGCUGGCGGUGGUGGUGGUGCAGACGUCGGUGGUGGUGAUCGAGAGCAAGGCGAAGAAGCAGAUGAUGGCCAUCAUCAACAAGCUCAUGUGGCUGGCGUGCGUGCUGGUGUCGGUGGCGUACCUAGCGCUGUCAUUCGUGGUGGUCGGGGACCGGGAGCGGUGGCUGGCCGUGUUCGUCACCAUCAUCGGGACGACCAUCCUGGCCACCACGCUGGGGACCAUGUGUUAUUGGGUAGUGAUGCAUAGGAUUGAGAGCAAGAACAAGAGGAUGCUUAGGAAGAUGGCUUUCGCUACAAGGUCAAGAUCCGGCUCCCUUUCUGUACCGCCUUCCGAUGGAGAGGCCGCCGAUGUUGAAUUCAAUAAAAUGUAUGCAAUUUGAUCCA